AUGCAUCUACUAUCAAUAGAUCUGUAUCUUCACCCAUCACCCGGCAUCACCCCACUUGCCCAUCACCCGGCUCUUUCUAUAUCGCUUUCUCUGCCAGAGAGGGCGAAGGGGAGUUGUCGGUCGGAUGCAGGUGCGGCAAACUAUAACUUUAAGCGUGCUGACGUCUUGAAUUUAUAUCGCAUUCUGAGUUCCAUGUCCUGGGAACCUGUUUAUGAUAGUCAGGAGGUUGAAAUUGCUGUAGAGGAAUUUUACAAGAUCCUAUAUAUGUGUUUGGAUGCUAAUGUUCCUGUGGUCAGUCAAUACAAGCACUCAAAAUACCCUCCUUGGUUCUCUCGGGACAUAGUGAGUGAUCUAAAGCUUAACAAUAGGUUGAGUAGGAAGCGGAGCUACUCCAGGUACCACGAUGAGCACUUCAAACUUGUGCGAUCCCGAGUCAAAGCUAAGAUAGCAACAGCCUACUCGAGCUAUGUAAGAUCUGUUGAAGAGAGGGUUGGUUGUGACCUGAGGGAGUUCUGGAAAUAUGUGAACAACAAGCUUUUCUCUCAUCUAAACAAAGAAUUUAUCAAGCAUAUUGAUAGGAUAUACAAGGGUGCUGAUACUGCUAAUGCUUUGGCUGAUCUGUUUUCGUCCAAUGCUUCAGCAAUGGAAGCUGAACCCUUGGUGGACUCUGGGAGGAUUGUCGGACGGACUCCUUGUGAUCCCUUUAGUUUCACCCACAUUUCAAGGGAGGAUGUGGAUGAUGCAAUUAAGUUGCUCAACUCUCGUCCUACUGGAGGCCCUAAUAAGAUACCCGCUUUUGUUGUCAAGGGUUGCUGGGAAUUUUUGUCUGGCCCAUUGCAUUACAUUUUCAAUUUGUGCGUUUGUAAAUCUGAAUUUCCUGGGGUCUGGAAGUGCUCACGGGUGACACCAGUGUUCAAGUCUGGAAACAGGUCUUUUGCGAGUAAUUAUAGACCAAUUGCAAUUUUGAAUGUUUUUGCAAAGAUUUUUGAGAGGAUCCUGUACAAGCAAAUAUUUUCAUAUGUACAACCCUAG